CCUUAACGGGUGCAGUUCGUUCUGGUCUCGAAUCGUGCGCGAUUUUAUUUGCUAAGGCCCUCCGCUGGCUGGCCAUCGAUUUUGUGCAGAAAAACCCAGAGUUUUCCCCAAAGAAAAGUGCCCCAAAAAUUAACUCAAGCGCAGCCAAGUAAAUCAACUAAUAAAUUCGAAAGGAAGAGAUUUGUUUUCGUGGCAAACCAAAAACCUAUCAAGUAUUUGUCCCCCAAAAAGGGAGUGCAAAAUUUUCGCUGUUAUACAGAAAGCCAGACCCCUACAUAUACACAUAUAUGGAAGCCUAUAUAUAUAAUCAAGAAUCCUUCAAUUAAGUCAAGAAGAAGCUACGCGAAUGUGCGCUUUUGGUUACUUAUUGUUUUUCGCCCUAUUGCUAACAACAAUUCUGGUGCUGUCCAUCAUUUUUGCCACCACCUCCAAGCGAUCCAUGUUGGAUAGCUUAAUACUAGUAUUCAAUUACACACAAGAACAACAGCCAGACCAAGAAAUGCAGCAGCAGCAACAGCAAACGGACUAUCAGCAACAACCACAGAUGUUCUUGAAACAGAAAAUAUUUUGAGUUCUAUAAGUUAUGCAUAAAAAGCCCCGAAAAAUAAAACGAAACAGAAACACAAUUGGACUCUGGUGUACGCGAGUAAAAGAACUUCAUUGUUGGUCAAGUGAAACAACUACUGGAAUAAAUAAAUAAAUAAAAUAUAUAAGGACAAACAGAAAAAUCAUUAAAAA